AGAAAAGCCUGGCAAACACAUCCACAGGCUUCUAGCCCCACUUGGGAAACAGUGACGUGGAGAAAGCUAUCCAAGGAGGAUGCAGAGUUUGCAGGUUGCGACAAUAAUCUUCAUUUGUUCAGGCCUGCUAUUUCAGAUACACUGUGCCUCACUGUAUCCACAAAGCUCUCAGGUAAUGAGGCAGAAGAGAAUGACACCUUUCUGGAGAGGGAUCUCAAGACCAAUUGGAGCAUCAUGCAGGGAUAACAGUGAAUGCUCCACAAGACUAUGCAGGAACAAACACUGUGCUGUAGUAUCAUCACAGAUGUGAUUCCUAAGAAGAAGAAAAUAGUGCUGUUGCCUUUGCCAAUGCUCCUCCCUGUUUAUUUAUUGUCACCAUCCCUUGGAAAUA